AUGGCUGAAAUCCACCACUACAUUGCUGAACUCGUCCUGCAGAGUUUAGCUUUCAUCUUGAACGUUCUUACAGUUGGCGUCAUCAUUGGACGCAAGAAGCUCAGGAAGCAACAGAAUAUCUUCACCUGCAACAUCGCCUUGGCUGACGGCCUGUCAGCUUUGCUUGUCAUUGUUUCCAUUGGGCAGAUAUACAGGGAUGUCAAGGUUAAAGGUGUAUGGUGGAUCGUACUUACUUUCCGAUCGAUGUACUUCAUAGGAAUAUUCAGCACUUUAGCUGUGGCACUUCAUCGCUUCAUCAUCAUCCGUUUCGACCCAUUCAACAAGCGUAACCUCGUCACAGCACCGCGCUGUAUCAUCCUGUGUGUCAUCAUAUGGGCUGUACCCUUCGCUACGUUCUUCAGCUUUGACAGAACUACUAGUUUCAGGAGAGUUCUGUAG